AUGGAAAUCAUGGCCGUAAAUAUGCUGACUGCUUCCCCUGCUACGGCUACGCUGCCACCCUCGCCAUGUUUUGAGGACCCUGGCCUGCCACUCGGAAGUUUGGACAAUGAAGACUAUGUGUUUGUGGAGCCUCGUCACCCCAACAAGGUGCUGGAAGGACUGAACAGCCUACGGCUUAACAACGCCUUCUGCGAUGUCACUCUCUGUUGUGGAGGACAGGAGUUUCCAUGUCAUCGCAUCGUGCUGGCCUCCUUCAGCUCUUACUUUCAGGCCAUGUUUUCCACUGACCUGAUGGAGUCACGGCAAGAGCGCGUGGCCAUCAAUGGUGUGGAGCCGCAGAUGAUUGGCAUGCUGGUCAGCUAUGCCUAUACGGCGGAGGUAGUGAUCUCCAAGGCCAACGUGCAGGCCCUGCUGGCUGCUGCCAACCUUCUGGACGUGAGGGCUGUGCGUGAGGCCUGCUGCAGGUUUAUGGAACGCCAGAUGGAUGAAAUCAACUGUGUGGGCAUUCACUGCUUCGCUGAGGCUCACUCAUGUAAGGAGCUGGAGCGCCGCAGUAUGGAAUACAUCCAGCAGCAUUUUAGCACUGUCUGCCAGCAGGAGGAAUUCCUCUCCCUGUGUGCCGAUAAACUCACUGAAAUUAUCUCCAGUGAUCACCUCAACGUGCCAAAGGAGGAGACUGUAUUUGAAGCUGCCAUGCUCUGGUUGGAGAAAAGUGCCUCCCGCAGGCAAAGCUUUGAAAAGGUGCUUGAACACAUCCGACUGCCGUUCAUAAGCCCCUAUUACAUUCAUGAUGUAAUCGAGUCUCUGGAUGUGGUGAAGGAGUCUCUGAAGUGCCAAAAACUGAUCUCUGAAGCCAAGGACUACCUUCUGCUCCAGGACCGCAGAGGAGAACUCUACAGCCCUCGCGCUCGGCCUCGUAGGGCCACAGGCACAGCUGAAGUAAUAGUGACGGUAGGAGGGGAGGAUGAUAAGGUCGUGCUGCGGAGUGUGGAGAGCUUUGACCCUUUAACCAGUCAAUGGAAAAGCCUGGCCUGCCUUCCCUUUGCUGUGAGUAAGCACGGCUUAGUGGUGUCAGGCUGCAUGCUGUAUCUGGCUGGAGGAGAAUUCCCAGAUGGCUCAGCCAGCAGAGAGAUGUGGCGCUAUGACCCCUGCUUUGAUUCUUGGUUAGAGAUGGCCCCCAUGAAUGUGGCAAGAUCAGAAUUAGGUCUGGUGAUGCUGGAUGGAUAUGUCUUUGCGGUAGGAGGCUGGGAGGGUCGCUCUCGUCUGGACUCAGUCGAGUGUUACAAUCCUCACACUAACACCUGGCAGUUUCUGGAGUCUGUCAAAAUGGCUGUCACCAGUCCUGCUGUCGUUGCACUGGAUGGUUUACUUUAUGUCACAGGAGGCGCUGUUUUGGAAGAUGGGGACGGAACUGACCUAGCACAAGUCUACAACCCUAAAACUCAUGUGUGGACAGAAGUUGCCUCCAUGCAGAUUGCCCGCUCCGGCUCCGCAGCCUGCACCCUGAAGGGCAAGAUCUAUGUAAUAGGUGGCUGGCAUGCAUCCACCGAAAACACAGACAAAGUGGAAUGCUAUGACCCGAAGAGCAACAAGUGGACUAUGUGUGCUCCGAUGAAGGAACGGCGCUAUAGGCCUGGGGUGGCAGUUGUGGACGGGAAGAUCUAUGUGUUGGGAGGAGAAGAGGGCUGGGACAGGUACCAUGACACCAUUGAGCGGUACUGUGAAGAGACUGACGCCUGGGAAAUUGUGGGUGAGAUGCCAACCAGUCGGAGCUGGUUGAGUUGUGUGUCACUACAGCUGAGGAAAGACACGCAUGCUGCCAGUCACCCUGGUGCUGCAUCUGAGACGGAGUUCCCUGUGGACUGAGGGAAUCAAGGUACCUGGUGCAUUUAAGCCUCAUGCUCUGUGUGCCUACCACACCCAGCAAACACUGCAUCUGCGUGUGCAAGAGAAGGCCAGGAGGGCUGCUCUUGAAGUGCUCGUGCCGAAUGUAGUUUUCAGUUUGCCGCUUGGCUGUGGAAAAAGGACCCACUGACAGGUCUUAAGAAACUAGUUGUGUGGUAAUCUGUCCUUUGGGUCCAUUCCACAACCAUGGAUGGAUAGAAGUCAGUGGUCAUGUGUAAGAGUGUAUGUUUACCCACAGUGUCAUGUACAUCACCCACCUGAAUCUGUGAAAAAAGGUAUACAGGGUUCCUACAUGUGUUAGCUAUGAGCACCAUGAUUGUGGAAUACUGAUGUGGUUUUGCCCUUAUCAGUUGCAGUUGUGAAGUAUUUUUGUACCCCUAUUUGAAUGGUGGUUUUUGUAUUUAUUAGGAUAUGUUAGACAUUUUAUGGAAGUAUGUUAUCUAGUUGAUUAUAUAGGAACCAUUCCCAAUUAAUACUAACUUUAAUUUUACAGCAUUUCAACUUAAGUGACAUCAAUUUGACACAAACACUUUCACAUAUAGGUAUAUAUUAUAUACAGCUGUACACUUGAUGUCAGCCACUGAACUUGUGAAUUGACUUUCUAAUCAGCAGUACUUUCUCAAAUUACCUGAUAAAUUUCUUAAUUUUCCAUUACGAUUCAAGAUUGCUACGAGUAAUCGAACAUAGCCUACACAUUCAGAAUGGUAUUAUGUCUUCAAAAUUUGUCAGUGAUGUAUUUUGAGUAGUAUGUGUUAAUAAAAAAGUAUUCAGGGUUAA